GCUCUCUCCACCUAUAUUUUUUUUUUUUUUUUUUGUACACACGAGGGCAGAAAUAAUACUUAGUCCAUAAACACAUUUUAAAAAAAAAUCCAAUGCCGACGGAACAAAGUAACGGUAUUCCCGCAGCACAUAGGAGGGCACUGAUACCUCCCUCUCAAAUGGAAUUUCAUAACCAACGUCUUUACGCCAUUUCUAUCUUUGUAUUAUUACAAGCUUGGAAAUUGGCUGAUCUUUUACUUGUACACUCUGCAACUUAUCCCGAACAACAUCAAGGUACUUUACUCAAAUGGUGUCUUAUUGACGCUACCUACUUUGUAGCCCUUCACGUAGCAAAGAUUCCUUGGUUGCAAUUCCCAUUCUGGAAAACUUGUUUCUUCAUGGUCUUAUUCCCCUUGUUAAACUCAUUCUUCUUUGCUGGCUCCAGUGCUGGCCUGACAGCAUUGUUCAUGAAUGGACUUUAUAAUAAUUCGCUUGGAAAACUCACCAGUGUCUCCAAAGGCAAACCUAUCAACGCGGAUGCAGUGGUCUAUAACACUUCUCAUAUUAUGGGUCAGCAUACGGUCCGUUUGCUUCCUUAUGGAACUGCAAAGUUAAACCCCCAUGAUGAAACUUAUUGUUUACCAUCCGCUGAAUUUGGAGAGAAAGAGAUUCAUAUACCCAUUGUAUUAAACAACACCAUUCCACAUACGAUUUCGCUUUCACAUUAUGAAUUGGAGACGAAAACCACCAGUGUUGAAAAGUACUCGGGUAGUGAUAUUCAACGUGUAACAGAGAUUGGAAACCCACAUCCCGGUUUAGAAUAUUACCUUAUUCGAAUUCGUAAAACAGGUGUCUAUAAAUUGAAAAACAUCAUCUCUCAAGACGGUGUCGAUGUCAGAUUGUACAAUCGUCAAGUCUUUGUCUUCACCUGUCCUUACGCUCAUUUCAAACCUUUGGAUUCCGUCAAUUAUUGUACAGGCGAUCAAAAGACAUUGGAUAUUCAAGUCAUGGGUGUUCCUCCCUUGAAAAUCGAAUAUAAAAAGAGAUUCAAUCAUGGCAGUCAAGAAACUGUUUGGAAGUUAAACCGUAUUCAACCCGAUGGAUUUGAUUCUCCAUUACAACACAUUGACUCUGUAGAUACAGCCUUCCUCAAUGCAAACAAUGCCGAUGAGAACUAUGAUUGGGCUGCCGUUCAUCAUAUGAACGUCCCCAUUAACCUUACACUGGAUACUGCCUCAGACGGAGAAUAUAAAUUAGCUCGUGUCAUUGAUGGUGCAGGUAAUGUAUUGGAUUUGUCAGAUGAGAGUUCUCAAAGGUUUGUCGUUCAUGGUCGUCCUACUGCCAAAUUCCACUGCAGUCCAACUUACCCUGUCAAUCUGUUGAUUGGCCAGACAAGUACCCAAUUACCAUUGAUCUUGCAGGGUACAGGACCCUUCCACUUGGAAUACAACCAUAAUUCCGAUGAAUCUCAUUUACGUCGUGCUAAAUUAAACGCUGGUGAGAAAUCCAUCUCUGUCAAUCAACCUGGUGAAUACAACUUGAAAUCCGUUCGUGAUCAAUUCUGUGAAGGUAAAGUCUUGUUCCCUGCUGCUUGUCAAGUAGUUCAACCCGAAUUACCUUCCGUCAAAGUCAACGCUACAGCUAUUCCUUCUACGUGUGCUGGUGAUACUGAAGUUGGUAUGAAGUUCAUUGCCGAAUUCGUAGGUACUCCUCCUUACGUGAUUGAAUACCUCAUCACCAAAAAAGAAGGUCGUCACAAGUCUAUUGUCGAAAGAAAGAGAGAAACCAUUGAUCGUUCUCGUCAUAUCUUUUCUUACAUGCCUAAUGCCAGUGGUGAAUACACUUAUGAAUUCACUUCCUUGGAUGAUCUUCAUUAUAAGAAACGUCCCACUCACGUACCUUCCAUCAAUCAAUUUGUACAUCCUCAACCCGAUGCUAAAUUCAGUUCUAUGGGCAGAAGCACUGUACGUACCUGUCUUGGUGAGGAUAUCUCUGUGGAUGUCGAUUUACGUGGUACAGCUCCCUUUGUUUUAUUCUGGACCUUCAAGAACGAAGUCUAUUCAGAUCAAGUGGAGGGUAACAAGUACACUAUUAAAUUACCCCCCUUUGAACAAGCUGGCAAUCAUAUCGUAUCCCUUGUCAAGAUCCAAGAUAGUAAUGACUGCCUCAAGGAUUUAGAGUCGCGUGAUUUCACCAUCAAUGUACGUCGUGAUCGUCCUACUGCCUUUUUCAAUACAGGUGGUGAAGCAGUGCGCAACGUCCAAAUGACAGAAGGUUCAACCACACGAUUACCCAUCGGUCUUACCGGUGAAGGCCCCUGGAGUGUGACUUAUCGUAAUGUAGAAGCAGGAGAUAAAAGUAUCAAGACUGAACGUUUCAAUGAUCCCAACGCAUCCAUUCAAGUCAGAUCCACAGGUCACUAUGAAUUGAUCUCUGUAGAAGACGCUAUUUGUAAAGGAGAUGUCUUUCAACCUCAAUAUCUCGUGGAAUUAUUGGAUAAACCUACCAUUUCUGUUGAUAAAGAAGAAGUGAUCGAAUUAGCUCCCGGUGUAUAUGAACGCCCCGCUGUGUGUCAAGGUGUCAGUGAUGGAUUAGGUAUUGAAUUAAGAGGUCUUGGUCCGUUCUUUUUCAGCUACAAGGAAUCCCAUAGUGCUUCCGGUCAUCGUGAUUUCCGUUUAUUGGGUCAUGAAGAAAUUACCUCGAGUAACGGUCGUAUGCGCUUACCUUUAAAGACACGUGAGGCUGGUAAAUACCGUUAUGUCAUUGAUCAAUUAUCCGAUCAACGUUAUACCACCCCUAUCAAAAUCAAGGAUUUACAAAUCGAACAAAGAGUGCAUGCCACACCUACUGUUCAAUUCACCAAGGAUUCUCGUAAGGAGCGUAGUGUAUGUGUGGGUGAUGCCUUGGAUUCGGAGGACAUGAAGCCUCUCCUGUUAGAGUUCACGGGUGUUGCUCCUUUCUCUGUGGAAUUGGGCAUUCGCCUUCAAACAGAAACUUCGGGUCAUAUUAUUAAAUUACAUGAUAUCAUGACAAAGAAAUACAAACUUUCUGUACAUGAAGAGUUGGUGAAAUCUGGUAUUUAUUCCGUCAAUAUCCUUAGUGUGAAUGAUGCGAAUAAUUGUGGUACCAAGGUGAUUUAUAGUGAUGAAACCUCUGUCACUAUCAAGGCACUUGAUAAUCCCAAGAUCACACCUUCCGAACUCUGCUCUGAUGUCUGUGUAGGCGAUAGUAUUGACUUUGGAUUGCAUGGUGUAGGCCCCUUUACGGUCAAAUACGUGUUUAACGAUAAAAUAACCACGAUGACUUCCAAGACCCCCAAAUUAAGCUUAUUUGCUGAUAAACCUGGUAAUAUCACGAUUCUUUCAGUAGGUGAUCAACGUAAUCAAUGUCGAUCCUUCCCCAAGGAGAUGACACGUAUUAUUCAUGAAGUCCCUUCUUCGUUUGUAUCGGGUGGUAAAGAAAUCAUUGAAAAUAUCCAUGAAGGUGAUAUGGUACAAGCCGUGGUUGAUCUUGUGGGUACACCUCCCUUUAAUUUUGAAUGGCGUCGUAGGCGAUUAAUCUGGGAUACCGCGAAUAAGCGUCAUUAUAAGGGCGAAGUCCUUGAAAGACAUACCGUGUAUAACGUGGCUGAACAUCGUUAUUUUAUCAACACGUCUGUGGAGGGUAUCAUUGAGAUUGUGAGUGUUAAAGACAAGUAUUGUCAAUAUCCUAUCUAAAUUGACUCUAGAAGUCUAUUCGAUAUAUAAAUUACAAAUAAAUAUAUAUACAUAUC